AUGGCACCCACACCUUCUUCCAAGCCAAUUCAUUCCACCCAACUGAGGACUCCGAAUUCAAAGCAUCGCUUAAACUUCAGUGGCUUCAAAUCACCGCAUCCACACCCAUCUCCGAAUCCCAAUUUUGCUUCCAACAAAGAAUCACCACCUGAACACCCGAUUGAAGUUAUUGCUAGAAUCCGUGACUACCCGGAUCGAAAAGAUAAGCCUUUAUCGGUUCUUCAGGCGAGUUCUAACUCGAGAUCGAUUAGGGUUCGCGCGGAUUUUGGGUAUAGGGAUUUUACCCUUGAUGGGGUGUCUCUGUCUGAGGAAGAGGAAUUGGAUCUGUUUUACAAGAAGUUUGUGGAAUCGAGGAUCAAUGGAGUUAAAUUGGGGGACAAAUGCACCAUUAUGAUGUAUGGGCCGACUGGUUCUGGCAAGAGUCACACCAUGUUUGGGUGUGCAAAGCAGGCUGGGAUUGUGUAUAAGGCUUUGAGGGAUAUUCUUGGAGAUGGCGAUACAGAUUCUGAGAUUAGUGGAGAUGGAAGUGAUGGUGACUCUAUAGGGUUGAGAACUUUUGUUCAGGUUACUGUUUUGGAGAUUUAUAAUGAGGAGAUUUAUGAUCUCUUAACUACCAAUGGAGGAGGUGGUGGAGGAUUUGGAUUCGGUUGGUCUAAGAGCAAUGCUUCAAAGGUCAAACUUGAGGUGAUGGGGAAAAAGGCUAAGAAUGCAACCUACAUAUCUGGAAAUGAAGCAGGGAAGAUUUCGAAGGAAAUUCAGAAAGUGGAAAAGCGAAGGAUUGUUAAAAGCACACUUUGUAAUGACAGGAGUUCUAGAAGUCACUGCAUGGUAAUACUUGAUGUCCCGACAGUGGGAGGACGGCUCAUGCUUGUGGACAUGGCAGGAUCAGAAAAUAUUGAACAAGCUGGUCAAACUGGAUUCGAGGCGAAAAUGCAGACUGCAAAAAUUAAUCAAGGUAAUAUAGCACUGAAGAGAGUGGUUGAAUCUAUUGCAAAUGGCGAUUCACAUGUGCCUUUUAGGGACAGUAAACUUACCAUGCUUCUGCAGGAUUCCUUUGAAGAUGAUAAGUCGAAAAUUCUAAUGAUACUAUGUGCGAGUCCUGAUCCUAAGGAGAUACACAAGACAAUCUCGACACUAGAAUAUGGAGCCAAAGCAAAAUGUAUAGUUCGUGGUCCUCAUAGUCCGGUUAAGGAGGAGGACUCUUCUUCUACUGUCAUCUUGGGAUCAAGAAUCGCUGCAAUGGAUGAGUUUAUUAUGAAACUACAAAUGGAAAACAAGCUUAAAGAGAAAGAGAGGAAUGAAGCGCACAAGAAGCUAAUGAAGAAAGAAGAAGAAAUUGCUGAGUUAAGAGCUAAAGUGGAAACAGCUCCUGCUGCAAGUGAGGAGGAGAUUAACCUAAAGGUAAAUGAACGAACCCGUCUUUUGAGACAGGAGUUGGAAAAGAAGUUGGAAGAGUGUCAAAGAAUGACUAAUGAUUUUGUCGAGCUAGAGAGGAAGAGAAUGGAAGAGAGGAUAUUGCAGCAGCAGGAGGAAGUUGAGAUUCUGAGAAAGAGACUGGAAGAAAUUGAGUUGCAGCUGAGUUCUUCUAAGCAAGAGCGUAAAGAUGAAAACGGAUCGAAAGAGAUGGAGCCAAGUGGGUUUAUGAGAAAACUACUGAGUGUUUACAAAAGUGAGGAUGAUCUUGCAAUGGUGAAAUCAAUGGAUCUGGACAUGGAUGAUCAAGAGCCGUUCCUUGCACGCGAAGUUAUCGUUGGCAUGCAAGGCAUUUCACCAAUUCAACCCUGUUCAAAUACUUUGAAUGUUGAUCAAGAAUAUGCACCAAACUUUGGUCCAAAAGCAUGUCUAAGUACAGUAUAUGAAGAAGAAGGAGAGGGAGAGGGAGAGCAAGAUCAUGAGGAUAGUGUAGAAGAAGAUGAGGAAGUGGAGAAAGAAGUGAUAGAGGAAAAGAGGGUAUGUAGUGUAGGAAAGAGUCCAAAGAAAGAGGAUUUUUCUGUGGCCGACAAGGAAAACAAUGGUUCGAAUAGAAUGUUGAGAAUUCACAACAUAUUCACACUUUGUGGAAACCAAAGGGAACUCUCGCAAUUUGGAACACCAGUUCCUACAAAAUAUUCUCCUGUCAAAUCAAGUGAGAAGAAAGAUUCUGUUUUAAGAAUCUCCAACAAAGAGAACCUGGAACAGAAUGUUGUGGCAAAUUAG